CAGUCGCGUCUUCUUCCUAGCUUGCAGUGCAUGCUGGGAGCCCGCCGAGUUCUCUCAGUCAUGGCGUCCAGCGUCCUACACCAGUGUCUCCGCUCUCUUGCGCGACCCUCGCUGCGGCUUCUGUCCGCCAAUUUGGCAGUGAGAGCCGCUUCGGGUCUCUCAGCAGCCGCACUCCGACCUCUCUCGUUCGCCGCGGCCAGCCGGAGGACGCGGUGGCUCGGCCAAGGCCCGAUCUCCUCGGGCGUGCUUUGCCGACAGUACGGCGACCUGCCCCCCCUCACCCUAGAGACCAUCAAAGACCGCGUCAUGUACGUCCUCAAGCUCUACGACAAGAUUAAUCCCGAGAAGUUGCAGACGUCAUCCCACUUUAUGAAAGACUUGGGUCUGGACAGCCUGGACCAAGUGGAGAUCAUUAUGGCCAUGGAAGAUGAGUUUGGGUUUGAGAUUCCUGACGCAGAAGCCGAGAAGUUGAUGACUCCUUCGGAGAUCGUGCAGUACAUCGCAGACAAGAAGGAUGUUUAUGAGUAAAAAAAAAGGAGUGUCACCCCAUCCAACCUUCACAGGAAGGUGACCUCGAAUAAUUGGUCCACGUCCCCACUGUUGGCGCUUCUCUUUGUGGUGUUGUGGGCAUCUGCUGCUCCUGCUGCAGCGUUUUACGUUUGUAUUUAAAUGAACGGCUCAAAUCAACUUUUUUCCCCCCUUUCACACAUUGUACAAUUUUUUUGAGUUGAUCAAUAAAGAAGUCUCUGUGGAAA